CGUUUACAAGAGUUCUUGAGGUCACAUGACAACAGUUAUUUUGAAGAGCAAUUUAAGGUGACAAUUAUAGAUGAGUAGAAUAAACCACACGACUUUGUCUCUCUCGUUCUCUCCCUGUUUCUUCCUCUCUAGCGACGUCUCUCUCUCUCUCUCUCUUUCUCUACCUACCUCUUUCUCAAUAUAUCGAUGUUUCUUUCUGUCUUUGUCUCGUUCUCUCCCUGUCUCUUUCUCUCUAUAUCAAUGUCUCUUUUUGCCUAUAUCUCCCUUUCUCUUUCUGUCUAUAUGGAUGUCUCUUUCUGUCUCUUUCUGUCUCUUUUUCUUUCUAUAUUUUUUUUCUAUUUUCUUCUCUCUUUCACGCGCUCAGUUUUUCUUUCUCUCAUUUUUUUUUCUUUCUGUCUCUCUCUCUCUCUCUCUCUUUCUCUGUAUUUUUACUAACACUUCCCUAUAAUUUUUCUCUAUAUAUAUGUGUCUUCCUUUCUCUCCCUGUCUCUCUGAUUAUCUCUCUCUCUCUCUCUUAAUAGAUCUUUAUCUCCACCUUUUUCUCUCUAUCUUUUUCUCUCUUUCUCAACAUCUAUUUCUCACUCUCUCUCUUUCUCUCUUUCCGAUUUUCUCUGCCCAAUUCUACUUUAUCUCUCUGUCUCUUCCUCUCUCUCUAUUUUCUGUUUCACUCUCCUUUUAUAUCUUUCUCUCACUUUUUUUGUCUCUCUCUCUCUCUCUCUCUCUCUCUCUCUCUUUAGAGUAUUAUAUUAUUUAGCAGAUUCAGUAAAUUUUUAGAUUCAUAAUAAAACCAUAAGAGAUAUUCACUUUAGACACAAACAACGCAAGAUACUUUAGAGAUUUACCAAAGAAACUUUGACAGACCAUUAUAAUAUAUUUUACCCUUCGGAAAAAGACAAACAUUCAAAAUAAGGAAAUGAAUAAAAUGCAAGACAGCAGCUAAACAGUUAAAACUGUAUCAGUUGAGUUAUUUUACUAUAUAGUAAACAAACAUAUCAGUAAUAAGACAAUCAAUAUUUUCUCAUAUCUUCGGUGUCCUCUUCAGUUCUCCAAAGAUCUCUACAUCAGAUAUUACUAAUCGACUUAAAUACAAAUACUUUUCUGACAUAGUGAAACUAUCCCACGGGCUGAUGUAUAACGUUCUCUCCUAUUACAUUUUCCAAAAUAGAUUAUCCCACGUCCAACCAACGUCACUCAGCAUGUUGGCAUCAGCAUUGAGAACAUUCAGAAAAAUCGCUAUAAAGAUAUCUGCACCUGUAAGUCUGUCAUUUUUUUUUUAAACAUAAUAAUACAACGUUUAGAUCAUGAAAAUAAAACAACCUAAUAUCUAGAUCAUUUAUUAUUUAGGUAUUCUAGAUGCACUAGUUUUAAUUAUAAUCGUAUGUUACGCAUUGCCUUCUAUUGUGAGAAAUUAAUCUCUUAUUGGCUCGUUCAAACAGUGCAUAACAAAAGGCGACACCAUAAAGAAAUACAAUAGCAAAAAAACGACACCCUAAACAGUUACUAAUUGCAAUUAAUUAGAUUUAUUUAAGUAUUGUAUGAUUACUAAACAAAAGAAAUAUAAUCACAAUCAUCAACUUAAAGAACAUGGUAGAUCGUGUACCGGUACACAGUUAGUACAAUGUUCCAAUUAAUAAUGUACAAUGAUGAAUGAGAAUAAACGCAUAUGAGUACACAAAUAAUAAUACACCUGUCUCGUGAAGUUAAAAAUAGCUAUCUGAAUCUCUCUCCGCCUCCGUCAUUGCCCUCUUUGCUUUUAUAGUCGGUUCUACCGAAAAACUUAGGCGUAUUCCGGAUUAUACUAGUAACUAGAAAAUUCCACAAAUGACUAAUUUUCGAACGCCUUCAAGUAUACAAGAAACCGGUGAUAGAUCAAAGGGAUUAAACCACGCUCACGACGAACGCAGCCUAAUUUUGGGGUGAACCAGAGUUCACGGCACGGGGAAAGAGUGACGUAAACACGUCCUACAUAACACAUCAUUUAAAUGAUUCAUUUCGUUUAGAACUGAUUUGCGGUGUUCAUCCUGUGUGUCGCGACCGCAUUUGACCCGUACACAAGAGUAGCUAAGACCAUCAGAAAACAUGUGUCUAUGAAGUAGCAACGAAAAUAAUUUUGUGGUUUGGGGGUCACUACAACAUUAGGAACUGUAUUAUAGGGUCGCGGUAUUAGGAAGAUUGAAGACCACUGUGUUAGAUGAUAAGGGAGCGGGGAAAUGUAUGAGAAAUGGAGUGGAGCAACAUUUAAAAUUCAAUAUGUAUAUAUAAGUUAAUACCCCCUGAAAAUAAAAACAAAAACAUACAUUAAUAAAUUGUUGUUGUUGUUGAGCCUUCUCGUCCAUGAGGGGCAUCCACCGAUCAUCGUUGGCGUCUGCGGUUCCUCCAAGGGCAUAGGCCACCUACGAGAGAUCUCCAGGCAUCUCUAUCCUGGGCCAGCUUCUCCAGGAUCUUCCAUUCAUGGCCAAUUUUCUUGAUGUCUGUCUCCAAUUCUCGGCGCCAAGUGUUUCUUGGACGGCCUCUUUUCCGCUUACCCUGUGGGUUCCAUUUCAGGGCUUGCUUUGUUAUGUUAGAAGCAGGUUUUCUUAGUGUAUGACCAAUCCACCUCCACCGCUUCUGGAGAAUCUCUUCCUCAAUGGGUUUCUGUUUUGUCCGCUGCCACAGUUCCUGGUUGCUGAUUUUGUCUGGCCAGUGAAUUCUGAGAAUCCUUCUUAGAAAGUUGUUGAUGAAGGACUUGAUUCUAGUCAGGUUUACGGCCGUUGUUCUCCAUGUCUCGGAUCCAUAUAGCAACACAGGUUUUACCAUAGCGUUAAUAAAUUAAAUAUGUAUAUUUUUUUUUAAAGACGACCAUUCCAGAGUUCUCCUGGAUAUAAAUACACAUAACAAUGAAGGGG